AUGGACGAUUAUUGUAAUAACGGUACCGAUUGCUGUCAGAUUACAAUACCUUCAUCCCUUCAGGCUUUCGAUCCAAGAUUCCAGGCCAUAGAUGAUAAUCAAAGCACAGAUGGUUGCAAGCUGGCAUUUCUAGCAGGAACAUAUGAAACCAACUCAUGGAGAGAAAAGGAUCGCAAUGUCCAGUUUCCGAUGGCGCUAACUUGGAAUGUCAAUUCGACCCGAAGGAAAGAUUAUAUUAGGAUGAUCAAUUCCGGCCAAUGGAAAAGUGCUUUCCCGGAAAACUUGGAUUGCUCCUACGGUUCUUCUUCUUCUUUUAAUGAGCUAAUAAUCCGUUGUUCUUGCAACCUUGGGUACGAGGGCAAUCCUUCGUUGUUGUUUUACUUUUUACUGCUAUAG